UUUUUAAAUUCCGCGUAUUUAUCUCCAAUUUUUCUUGCUCUUACCCCUCAUUAGACUUUUGCCUCCCCGCCCCUCGGGUAUCCCUCCUAAAUUAUUCUCCUAAAUCUUCUAAGCAUACAAAAAAAUUUUCCUCUGAGGCACUAAAGAAAUGUAUCUUUGUACCUACGGUUAAUAUCCAGAUACCCGCGAAUAUCCUACGGAUACGGAUGUUUGUCUCAAAAUGGUACAGAUAUUGACCAUCUUGAGAAAAAGUGCUACCCUCCCCCCUUCUCGUUUUUCUAAGCUUCCCUUCAUCAAUUUCUUGCCUCCCUUCCCUGUGGGACAACAAUUCAUAGCUCUCUUUGUAAGCCCCAUUAAUUUAAAAAUUUCAAAAAUUAUUUAUCUACUUUUUAUUGUAACGCUGUUUUGUUCUGUCCUUUUCUUUAAAUCCAAGAUUGGCAUUUUCAUUUAUUAA